AUGAAUGAAUGGCUUCACAGAGCGUGGAUCGAGAGAACCUUCCUGAGGAGAGAAUGUAUCCAGAUUAUUCCCAGCAAAGACGCCAGCAGGUGCAGUUGUGGACAGCUGGUGACACAGCAUACUGCAAUCCCUCCAGGGGUCAAAGAGGAAGGGGCCCCACUGGUUCAGCUGGAGGUCCAACCUGUAGAGAGAUGGAGCCCCCUCAAACACACCCAGACAUCUCCUACUGAUGCCUACGGAGUCCUGGAGUUCCAGGGUGGAGGACAUGUCAACAAGGCCAUGUAUAUCAGAGUCUCCUAUGACUCCAAGCCAGACACCCUGCUCCAUCUAAUGGUGAAGGAGUGGCAGCUGGAGCUCCCGACGCUGCUCAUCUCUGUCCACGGAGGCCUGCAGAACUUUGACCUGCCUCCCAAACUAAAGCAGGUCUUCGGUAAGGGUCUGAUCAAAGCUGCCGUCACCACCGGAGCCUGGAUCUUCACAGGGGGUGUCAGUACAGGAGUUAUCCGCCAUGUUGGAGAUGCUCUCAAAGACCAUUCGUCUAAGUCCAGAGGGAAAGUCUGGGCUAUUGGCAUUGCACCAUGGGGGAUUGUCGAGAACAAAGAGGACCUCAUUGGGACAGAUGUGACUCGGCCCUACCAGACCAUGUCCAACCCACUCAGCAAGCUAGCGGUUCUGAACAGCAGCCACUCCCAUUUCAUUCUAUCUGACAACGGGACGAUUGGCAAGUACGGAGCUGAGGUCCGCCUUCGUCGACAGCUGGAAAAACACAUUUCUCUGCAGAAGAUCAACACACGUCUGGGCCAAGGGGUUCCCGUGGUGUGUCUGAUCCUGGAGGGGGGUCCUAAUGUCAUCUCCAUUGUACUGGAGAGUCUGAAGGAGGAGCCCCCAGUCCCGGUUGUGGUCUGUGAUGGAAGCGGUCGAGCCUCUGACAUCAUUUCCUUUGCUCACAGAUACUGCGAGGAGGACGGCCAGGUGAAUGAGAGCGUCAAAGAUCAGCUGCUGGUCACCAUCCAGAAAACUUUCAACUACAGCCGCAGCCAGGCACAGCAGAUCUUCCUCAUGGUGGUGGAGUGCAUGAAGAAGAAGGGGCUGGUAGGUCAGCUGAGCAGGAAAAGUUCAUGUUCAGAGAGUCAGAGAGAGUCAGAGUCAGAGUUUCUUUAUUGUCAUUCGCACCUCAUGUGGGACUAG